UUUAACAGUCUUUCCCUCAUCUAAUAUGUCCAAGGCUGCCUCGCAGCUUGAUCACGUGAUUGCUGUUUACAGUCAUACUUUACUGUUGCCGGUUGCGCUCGCAGUAAUUGCGUGAAGUGAUGGCUCGCAGCUUGCUGAUCUUCUUCUCCGCUCUCUAUCUGGUCUCCGGGCUUCCCACGGGCCAGUGGCUAAACGUCUCGCCCGAUGAACCGGAGCUGAAGACGGCAGUGGAUCUAGUUGUGCGGGAGUAUAACAGCUUGAGCGAUCACGAAUAUGUAUUUCGGCAACUGCUGAUCACCGAUGCCAAGAAGCAGUUGGUAUCUGGGUUAAAGUAUGACCUGACUGUGUUACUAGGCCACACUUUGUGUAAGAAGAGAAGAGAUGUGAUCCCGGAUAAUUGUCAGCUCUAUGGCCCAGAUAACCCAAGGACGGUGAAGUGUAAUUUUUCGAUAUUGAUUGUCCCGUGGAUAAAUGAGACAAAAAUAUUACAUCAGAAAUGUUCCCAAGAAAGUCUACUACGGGAACUGAUCGAUUCUUCAUCUUCAACAGAAUCAGAGGAUGAGCUGCUGGAAACCAUCACACUUUUUAAGGAUUUUAUGAUAACCUAUAACAAAAAUUAUGCUGAUCAUGAAGAGGCAACUAGACGUUUGCAGAUAUUCUCUCAAAACCGGAAGAAGGCACAAAAAAUCCAGGAGAUGGAUCAAGGAACUGCAGAGUACGGAAUAACGAAAUUCAGUGAUCUCACCGAGGAAGAAUUCCGAACUUUCUACCUGAAUCCCUUGUUAUCCACCCAGCCCCAACGUCCAAUGCGGAAAGCUGUGAUCCCAAGUGAUCCUCCCCCUGCCCAAUGGGACUGGAGAGACAAUGGAGCUGUCACCGAAGUCAAAAACCAGGGCAUGUGUGGAUCAUGCUGGGCUUUCUCUGUCACGGGAAAUAUUGAAGGACAGUGGUUUCUGAAGAAAGGCAAGCUGGUCUCCCUCUCUGAGCAGGAGUUGGUGGAUUGUGAUGGAGUGGACCAUGCCUGUGGAGGUGGCCUCCCAUCAAGCGCUUAUGAAGCCAUUGAAAAUCUGGGAGGACUGGAGACCGAGCAAGAUUACAGCUACCAGGGUCAUAAAGAAAGCUGUAGCUUCUCCACCGGCAAAGUCUCGGCAUACAUCAACAGCUCAGUGGAGAUUUCCAAUGACGAGACACAGAUUGCAGCUUGGCUGGCGAAGAAUGGACCAAUUUCUAUCGCACUUAAUGCCUUUGCCAUGCAGUUCUACAGGAAAGGCAUUUCCCAUCCAUUCCGUAUACUUUGUAGUUCCUGGAUGAUCGAUCACGCUGUGCUGCUUGUUGGCUACGGUGAACGUGUUGGGACUCCCUUCUGGGCUAUCAAGAAUAGCUGGGGUCAGGACUGGGGAGAGCAGGGUUAUUAUUACUUGUACCGAGGCUCCGGAGCUUGUGGAAUGAACACAAUGUGCAGUUCAUCUGUGGUGGAGUAGAGCAUUUUUUUUGCCCAAGAGAUCAAGUCUUCCACGUUCUGUACACCUCCCUCUUCGAAUAAUUCCCUGUGAUCUGUUGAUGUACGUAUAAGUGUGUGUAUACAUAUACAGCGCCCUUACACAUCCCUUCCUAUUAAGUAAUACCACUUGCAAAUCAAAAGAUUGCUGAUCAAGUCCCUACUACCAGUCGCAUGGCUAUUGUCAUGGUGUCUAUUCCUCUUUCCGUACUGGCUUUAUUGAAUUCUUUAUAGGCAAAGUCUAUUAUCACACUUCCAUGCCAUGACAGGACUUUUAUUAGGCAAUUAGUAAUUAGCUUACGAGUUGGAAAAUCACUACCUUUUACAAUUCGCCUGAAACAAGCAUUUUGCGUGGUGAGCCCCGGCCAACAAUUAACUCACAAGUACAACUUUUUGUAAAUGUUGUCCAGUGUUAUUCAGCGAGUUCCAGUGCGUGAUAACGAUUUGAAAUGUAUAGUAUACAGCCCACAUGGUUCAACCAGUACUAUUAGGGACUGCACUUAAAUACUACAUAGUUAGUGAGGUUCAUGCAAAGGUUAUCAAGACCACCUGUCUAAGGUCACAUAGUUAGUUUCAUCGUAAAGAAAUGGAAACUAUUCUAGACCCCAAAUAGGCAGCCUGAUAAAUCUGAUAAAAAGCCAUCAACUACAAGCAUUAUGAUACUGCUUUCACUAUCCAAAUAAUUGCCCAAGGCUGGAGCUCAGUAAGGAACAUUUUACGAUCAUUAAGAGCAGGUAGAUUAUUGGUAAAUACUAUUAUAAUCCUGUAUUCAUCUCUGUCUUAAAGAAAUAAUAGCUCUUUGGUAUUCAAAGCAUUUCCGUUUUUAACUAAGCAAGCCUGUUAUUUAUUUUAUGAGUUAAAUAGUAUUUCUGUUUUUAAUCAGCAAGCAGCUUAUUGCACAAAGAGGAUGUGUGCUUCUGAAAUGAAAGAUGGCUUUAAUAGCCUCUAAAUGAAUAAUUUAGACAUUUUUAACAUUAUUUCUUAAAUUUCUUUUUUUCGUUGCAGUUUUUGUGCUUCAGAUUAGCCAGGUAGUCAUAAAUUUAGAAAGCACCAUACGUUCAAAGGGUAUGACAAAACUAGAAUUGACAGAUUAAGACAAACCAAUACAUUAGGUAAAGAGGGCUGGGCCCGUAAGCUUACAAUCUUGUUGCAUUAAAACUAAUCUGUAGCCAUUGUUCAAAAAACAAAUUAUCUUGCUUAUCUGGUUUGCAGUUCAAAAGAAGAAA